CUAGCGACCUGAUCCUUUCGACAUUUCGCAAUCCAAGGCCGAAAACAAUCAACAUCGAAAUGGUAAUGGGUAUGGUUCACCAUCACCUGUGAAUACCAAGUAUCUUCGAAGUCCACAUCCGCAUUCUCACCCAAAAACUGAUGGUCGACCGACCAGCCCUUCAAACAAAGCACUUAAUUUGGGCUCUCCCCCUUCGCGGCACAACCGUACCGCACUUGAUACCAUUUCAUCUACUAAUCGCCACACCCCUACUCCGGCACCCUCUCUACCAUCAUUAUUAAAUCCGGAACCUGCUUCUUCAUCAAAAACCCCAAGCCGUGCAGCCGAGUUGAUGUCCUUUUCAAACAUUCUGUCCAGCGCCGAGCCUCUUCCGAAGCCCAAAGCUCCAAUCAUGACGGAACUUAAAGAAAAGCCUGCUCGCAGGAGCAAGGGACGCGAAUCAAUACUGAAAGACGCGGAAAGUAGUUCCAAGAAGGAGUCGCGCCGACCUUCUACAAACCAUGCAAAGGACACUCCGACAAGAGCUCCCAAGAGACAAGCUAAUGGUCAAGUCAAACCAAAAACCAUCCCGGCAGACAAGGAAAAGAAGAUUCAGAGCGUGUACGAACAGCUCGAGGCUGGAAUGGACGACGUGGACCUAUCCGAGCUCGAGAUUGAGCGGGAAGCCUUCCGCGGACGCCUCAAGAGGCGUAAGUUGGACACGGAACAAACGGAAUAUGAUGAUCGUGUUGCCAGACGUAAAGACUUGACCGAUCAGUUGUCAGGCAAGUUAUCUCUCCACGCCGAUAGUGGCCGAGGCCGAUUCGAGGCAGUGCACUACGAAGACGCGUUGCAAGAAGUUCGAGAACGCGAGAUUUUCGCCGAAAAGGAGCGAAAGAAGGACAUGCAACGUAAGCGUCGCAGGGAGAAGUCUAUGCAAGUCACAAUCGAGCAGAAGGAGGCUGCCUUGGCAAAGGCGCUUGCUGCUGAAGAUGAAAGUGAACGGGCGAAGUGGCUACGUGAUGCUGAACGCGCCAACAAGAAGGCCCAGCAGACCAAAUUGAUCCUACAGAAGGGUAUCAAAGGGCCGGCACGCAGCCUAGCGCCACUUGAACUGAACCUAGAGGGCGGUACGAUGUCCACGUUCCAGGCAACGGACCUGGAAUCCAACUCCAAGUCGAAGAGCAAAGGCCGCAGCGGCAAUCGGCCGAAGAAGUCCAAGGAGCAAAAGCAGGCUGAGAAGGAUUCGGCCAUCGCUGCCCAGGCUGCUCUGGAUGCAGGUGAAGAGCUCCCUUCGAAAGAAGAGACCAAGAUUCGCAUCAAGCUAAGCAAGAGCACGCCCAAGGAGCCCAAGGAGAAGGAGAAGGAACCCAAAGAAACCAGUGUCAAGGAGCCUAAAGAGAAGGAGAAAUCGGUCGAAGAACCCCCUGCCAACCCUCUCGAGACCAAGUUCCAGUCUAAGGGCUAUAACCAGAUCUAUGAUCAGAUCUGGCGCGACCUGGCACGCAAGGAUGUUCCUAAAGCUUACAAGCUAGCCAGUGAUUCAUACAGUACCAAGGCUUCGAAUCUCAAGAAGACCGCGAUAUUGGCCUCGAAGGAAGCUAAGCGAUGGCAACUUCGCACCAACAAGGGCACCAAGGAUUUGCAGGCUCGUGCCAAGCGUUGUAUGCGUGACAUGAUGAGCUUCUGGAAGCGUAACGAACGCGAGGAACGUGAUCUUCGCAAGGCAGCAGAGCGACAGGAGCUUGAAAAUGCCCGUAAGGAGGAAGCUGAUCGCGAAGCUGCUCGCCAAAAGAGGAAGCUCAACUUCUUGAUUUCGCAGACCGAGUUGUACUCUCACUUUAUUGGCAAGAAGAUCAAGACGGACGAAGUAGAGCGUAGCACUGAUAACCCAGACAUUGCGCCAGAUGCUCAUGCUGUUACUAAGUCGGCCAACGCUGAUGUGGCGGAACCAUCGGGCCCGAUCGCUACGAAGAUUACGGACUUCAAUCAACUGGAUUUCGAUGCCGAAGAUGAGGAAACUCUCAAGGCCGCUGCUAUAGCCAAUGCCCAGAACGCCAUUGCUGAAGCCCAACAAAAGGCCCGAAGCUUUAACAAGCCUGACAAUGACAUGGAUGAAGACGGCGAGAUGAACUUCCAGAAUCCGACAGGUCUUGGAGACGUGACCGUUGAGCAGCCGAAGCUGCUAAAUUGUCAACUGAAGGAGUACCAGCUGAAGGGGUUGAAUUGGCUUGCAAACCUUUACGAGCAGGGCAUCAAUGGUAUUCUGGCAGAUGAGAUGGGUCUGGGCAAGACAGUUCAGUCUAUUUCCGUCAUGGCCUACCUCGCUGAAGUACACGAUAUCUGGGGUCCGUACCUUGUAGUCGCCCCAGCAUCUACCCUACACAACUGGCAGCAGGAAAUUGCAAGGUUCGUUCCUGAGUUUAAGGUCCUGCCAUAUUGGGGAACAGCGGGCGAUCGAAAGGUGCUGCGUAAAUUCUGGGAUCGUAAACACAACACAUACCGUCGAGAUGCACCAUUCCAUGUACUGGUCACGUCCUACCAACUUGUCGUCUCAGAUGUUGCAUAUUUCCAGAAGAUGCGUUGGCAAUACAUGAUCCUCGACGAGGCCCAAGCCAUCAAGAGCUCUCAAAGCUCACGUUGGAAAUGUCUGCUUGGCUUCCAUUGCCGUAACCGGCUCCUUCUCACCGGUACUCCCAUCCAGAACAACAUGCAGGAACUUUGGGCCCUGCUUCAUUUCAUCAUGCCCUCUCUGUUUGACUCGCACGACGAAUUCAGUGAAUGGUUCUCCAAGGACAUCGAAUCGCAUGCACAGAGCAACACGACCCUUAACGAGGAUCAGCUCAGACGGUUGCACUUGAUCCUCAAACCUUUCAUGUUGCGUCGUGUCAAGAAGCAUGUACAGAAGGAGCUUGGUGACAAGAUUGAAUUGGAUGUAUUCUGUGAACUCACCUAUCGACAGCGAGCUUACUACAGAAACUUGCGAAACCAAAUCAGUAUCAUGGAUCUUAUUGAGAAGGCAACUCUUGGAGAUGACCAGGACUCAGGCACGCUGAUGAACCUUGUCAUGCAGUUUCGUAAAGUCUGCAACCAUCCUGACCUCUUUGAGCGUGCUGAUACCACGAGUCCGUAUUUUACUGGCUACUUCGCCGAGACUGCAUCAUUUGUCCGUGAGGGCAAUAAUGUUCGAGUUGGAUACUCGACGCGAAAUCUCAUUGAUUACCGCCUACCACGACUUGUUUGGACUGAAGGAGGUCGCUUGAACAAGGCUGGCGAAGACAACGAGAAAGCAGGUUUCAGGAACAAGUGCCUCAAUCACAUGAUGAAUAUCUGGACGCCAGAGAAUGUACGAGAAAGUUUGUCUGAAAAUAAGGCGUUCUCGUUCCUUCGAUUCGCUGAUGUCAGCCCCGAAGAGGUCUACAAAGCUAGUCAUCGAGACGUUUUCUCGCGAGCUGCAGAUUUGGUACGAAAGGAAGAUCGGCUAGGCCGCAUGCAGGUGGUCUAUAACGAGCCAAGCGAAGAGAACUACACGCCUGCUCAUGCACUGUUCCAAAUCAAGGCACGAUCAGACAGACGUCCCUUAGCGUCAAUCACUGGUGAGGGCAUACUAGAUAACCUCAUGAACAUAUCCCGAACGACAUGGCGAGACUCAGGUCUGAAUCGACUGGAGCAAGCAGCCCUACCUGGCGCAUCUGCUCCUCCAAUUGAGGUUUCGUGUGAAGGUACACGAGCCCCAGUUACUGAGCGCGAAGACACCCUGUUCAACGUAUCUAUGCGUAAGGUGUUGUACGGACCUACUGCAAUGGAAGAGAAGGCUCUUGUGUUACAAAGCACUCCAGCAGAGCGCUAUCCACGACUUGCGGCUCUUCCUCAGCCGGAUAACGAGAAGCGACGAUUUACAAACAUCACCGUCCCCAGCAUGCGCCGCUUUGUUACUGACAGUGGGAAAUUAGCCAAGCUCGACCAGCUGCUGUUCAAGCUUAAAGAGGAAGGCCAUCGCGUGUUGUUGUACUUCCAGAUGACGAGGAUGAUCGACUUAAUGGAGGAGUACCUCACUUACCGCAAUUACAAAUAUUGUCGACUGGAUGGAUCUACAAAACUAGAGGAUCGUCGUGACACCGUCCACGACUUCCAGACCCGUCCGGAUAUCUUUGUCUUCUUGCUCUCAACUCGUGCAGGUGGAUUAGGUAUCAAUUUGACAUCGGCCGACACAGUCAUAUUCUAUGACAGUGAUUGGAACCCUACCAUUGACUCGCAGGCCAUGGACCGAGCUCAUCGUCUCGGCCAGACGAAACAAGUGACAGUCUACCGUCUCAUCACGCGUGGCACUAUCGAGGAACGUAUUCGAAAGCGCGCGAUGCAGAAGGAGGAAGUGCAACGUGUCGUCAUUCAAGGAGGCGGGGCUCGGGGUGUGGACUUCAGCGGUCGUCGUCCAGCUGAGAACCGCAACCGUGAUAUUGCGAUGUGGCUCGCCGAUGAUGAGCAAGCCGAGCUCAUCGAGCAACGAGAGAAGGAACUGCUCGAAAGCGGCGAGAUGGAUAAGACGAGUAAGAAACGAGGUGGCACGAAGAGAAAACGGGAGGCGGUCAGUCUGGAUGAGAUGUAUCAUGAGGGUAAGUUUACAGUGCAUGGCUCAGGUGAUACGUGUGCAGUGAAUAAGAUUGCUAACGGUACAUUUCUAGGCGAGGGAAAUUUCGAUGACGGUAAUAAGCCCUCUGGUACAGCCACGCCAGUUGAGGUUGGAGACUCGAAAUCGUCGAAGAAACGAAAGGGUGGCAGUAAAAAGGCGAAGACGACAAAGCAACGACUUGCCAUCGCCGACGGCGAGAUGGAUCUUUAGGUGUUGGUCAUAAUGAAAUUCACCGAACACCGGUAUUAGUAGGAGAUGAAUAGCCUCCCCCCCCCUUCUUGAGAUGAAGUUGGAGGUUGGCCUUGUACAAAAUUAAGAGGUUUACGGCGUUACAUUGACAUCGGUCACGUUGCAAAGGCAGGCUCUAAGGA